AUGGCUGGUCAAGGUAUUUUGAUCAUUAUCAUUCCGAACGAUUUAAAUACUGAACAACAACAAACUUUCGAUGCUGUACAGACUAUUAAAGAUCCAAUUGAUCUACCUAUUCAAACGACAGUAUCAGAAAGCGAACAUUCAAAAGAAUUUCCUUGUGCGGCAUGCGGAUCUUCUUUAACAUCGCGUUUCCGUGCUCAUCUUUGUUCAAAACUGAAUCUCGUCGAUGCUAUCUGGAUACUUUCUGAUGAUCAUGAACAUUUCUUUAUUACAUGUUUUGCUGAGCUCGGUCAACAUUCUGAUUAUAUCCUGGAAGAAUUACGUUUGGCAGAAAUAGGCAUUCGUCCAGGUUCGAAAGUAUUCAUUCUUCCUCUCUCGUGUGCACUUGGAAUUCACAGUCUGACGUCGACAACUCCAGCAAUCGUGGAAAUUAAUGAUCCAGGCAAAGAAUUAGAAAAUGAAUCUCAACCGCUAACAAGUGACGAUCAAGAAUUACACGAGCGAUUGGGAACAAAUCAAAGUGAUUUCAAACGAAGCAUCCGAGCAAGAUUAACGGUCUUACAAGUUGUGAAUGCUAUACGUGGACAAACAUUGUUUUCAUUUGAUUUUCUUCUACUAACAAUACUGGCGUCGAUCAUUGCCCUGUUAGGUUUAUUAGAAGAUAAUUCAGUGAUUCUAGUUGCUUCAAUGUUAGUAUCUCCGUUAAUGGGUCCGAUAUUGGGUAUUGUAUUCGGUUUAUGUAUUGGCGAUUCGCGAUUGUGGAAAGUUGGACUGAAAACAGAAGCUAUUGGAUUGUUCGUGGCGAUACUAACAGGAUUUGUUGUUGGAUUGUGUACAACAUGGUCAGAAACACGAUGGGGCUCAUCGGAUUCUUUCCCCACGCAUGAAAUGCGUUCCAGAGGUGAUAUUCGUCGUUUAUGGGCUGGUGCUCUCGUCGCGUUACCCUCUGGAGCAGGUGCAGCUCUGAGUGUUCUCGGUGGAAAUAUAGGAAGUCUUGUUGGUGUUGCGAUCAGUGCCAGUCUUCUACCACCAGCUGUGAACGCUGGCCUUCUCUCUAGUUAUGCGUUCCUAUCAGCACUCAUACCAGCCAUUGGAGAAGAGUCCACUACAUUCGAACCUCACAAAAAGAUCGAUGCCCUCACGGCUGCGGCCAAAAACUGUACAAAGUUCGUUGGAAAUGAUUACAAACCAAUCUAUUCAUGUCACAUGGCCACAGAGACAGGACUAUUGGGAAUUUGUUCCUUUGUACUAACUAUGACAAAUAUUAUCUGUAUUAUCGUCGUAUCGAUGGUUAUCUUACGAAUCAAAGAAGUCGUUCCAAUCGUUCGCGAUGAUGAAAUUGCACAAUUUUGGCAUGAUGAUGUUCGUAUCGUGCGUGGGCAAAAUAAAACCAGACAACGUCGUGACGUUACUGGUCUUGUUAAUAUUUGGAAGGAGAUGACUGGUACAAAUCCAUCAGCAUUACCUAUUGGAGAUAAUCAACAAGAAGUCGAAGUCGAUAGCAAAACAACUGAACAUCACAAACUGUUCAGACAUCGAAAUAAGUCACAAAUCACCUUGGCACGUAAAUUAAGAAAUCUCGAAGAAUUCGCCGACGCUUAUAAUCUAAAUCUAUCCAUUUCCGAUGAUACAUCAUUGAAAAAUGAACGUGCACGGAAAAAUGUACAACGAAUGGCGAAUGACAUCUUAACAACUAUCGAUGAGACCAAUCAAGUCAAUCUAGGUAGCUUUGUGACACAGUUUGGUCGAUCAGCAACGCGCUCGCGUAUGCAAACGUUUUAUCAAGAGCUACUCGAUGUGAUGCCCUCACAAUGGAAAGAAAUCUUCGAACAACAACAGCAGCUGCAGCAGCAAGCUUCAGCACAUAAAUAA